AUGCCCAAGGGACACACCGAGGAGAGGAAGCCUACGCCCCUUCUCACCACCGACAGGGUCGAGAAUAGGCUAAAGAAACCAACCACCUUCAUCUGCAAGCUCAAGUUCCGGAAUGAACUUCCUGACCCAACUGCACAGCUCAAGCUUAUGACCAUCAAGCGAGAUAAAGAUCAAUUUACAAAGUAUACUAUCUCAUCGCUGGAGAAACUAUGGAAACCAACAAUCUUUGUCGAGCCUGAUCUUGGAAUACCCUUGGAUCUGCUUGACCUAAGUGUAUACAACCCACCCAAAGUGAAGAUACCUCUUGCCCCUGAAGAUGAAGAACUGUUGCGUGAUGAUGAUGCUGUUACUCCUAUUAAGAAAGAUGGCAUCCGGAGAAAAGAAAGGCCAACUGAUAAAGGUGUUUCCUGGCUCGUGAAAACACAAUACAUUUCUUCCAUUAAUAAUGAAUCGGCAAGACAGUCUCUAACCGAGAAACAAGCAAAGGAAUUGCGCGAGAUGAAAGGAGGUAUCAACAUCUUGCAAAAUCUUAACAAUAGAGAGAGAAAAAUCAAGGAUAUUGAAGCAUCAUUCGAGGCAUGCAAAUCUCGACCAGUUCAUGCCACCAAUAAAACCUUGCAGCCAGUUGAAGUUUUACCACUGUUGCCAUACUUUGAUAGGUACGAAGACCAGUUUGUAGUAGCGAACUUCGAUAGUGCUCCUACAGCAGAUUCUGAAUUCUUUGGCAAGUUGAACCCUUCAAUUCGGGAUGAAUAUGAGUCACGGGCCAUUUUGAAAAGCUAUGUGGUUUCUGGAUCAGAUACUGCCAACCCAGAAAAAUUUCUGGCAUACAUGGUUCCUUCCUUGGAUGAGGUAGACAUGCCUCUCCACGAGUUGAUCUCUGUAAAACGAGUCUUGAAAAGUUCAAUUUGA